UUUAGAGCUAUUGUAUUUAUAGCUCAGGGGGAUAAAGAAUGCCUGUCCAUCCAAUUACCAGAUUCAUAGGUUCAGUAAUCCAAUAAAGCAAUAAGUAAGCCAGCAGCUCUCUCGUGGUGUCAUUCUCUGACUGGGAGUCAGAGGCAACACAACUCUCAGCUAAGAAGGUGAGAGAUAACUCCCAGCAGCCAAAAUGAAUGAGCGUUUUGAUUGCCACUACUGUAAAGAGUCCCUGUUUGGGAAGAAGUACAUCCUGAGGGAGGAGAACCCCUACUGUGUCAAGUGCUAUGAGAGCCUCUACUCCAACACCUGUGAAGAGUGCAAAAAGCCUAUUGGGUGUAAUAGUAAAGAUCUCUCCUAUAAAGACCGGCACUGGCAUGAAGACUGUUUCCACUGCUUCCAAUGCAAGCGUUCCCUUGUGGACAAGCCAUUUUCUGCUAAAGAAGACCAGCUGCUGUGCACUGAGUGCUAUUCUAAUGAGUAUUCCUCAAAAUGCCAUGAGUGCAAGAAGACAAUCAUGCCUGGUACACGUAAGAUGGAGCAUAAGGGCAAUAGCUGGCAUGAGACUUGCUUCACCUGUCACCGCUGUCAGCAGCCUAUAGGAACAAAGAGCUUUAUCCCAAAAGAUAACCAGAACUACUGUGUACCCUGUUAUGAGAAGCAGUUUGCUAUGCAAUGUGUGCAGUGCAAGAAGUCUAUCACUACAGGAGGAGUCACUUAUCGUGAUCAACCUUGGCACAAGGAUUGUUUCCUUUGCACCGGAUGCAAGAAGCAGCUAUCUGGCCAGCGCUUUACUUCUCGGGAUGAGUUCCCUUACUGCCUAAAUUGCUUCUGCAGUCUGUAUGCCAAAAAAUGUGCAGGAUGCACAAAUCCUAUCAGUGGACUGGGAGGAAGUAAAUAUAUCUCUUUUGAGGAACGCCAAUGGCAUAAUGAUUGCUUCAACUGCAAGAAAUGUUCAGUUUCCCUUGUUGGCCGAGGGUUCCUCACAGAAAGAGAUGACAUCCUUUGCCCUGAAUGUGGAAAAGAUAUUUGAAAGGCAUUUUCUUUCUGAGAGAGGGAGGGGGUGACAACAGUGAAACAUAAAUCAUUGACAAAUGUACUACUAGUUAGACUAACAAGUGUACUUUGAAAUGCAUAUGUGCUAGAUCUUUUUAUAUUAACCCUUUAAGUCCAGAUGCUGUCAGGGUGCAUGCACUGAUUCAGGAUUUUCUGUGUGAGUUUAGUUGGUAGAUAGGAGAUGGACGUUUCAUAACCAAACAUUAUACUGAUGCAGCUCUCUGGAUUUCUUUUAAAGCAAGCUUAGAAAAAUCAAGAUGUUUUGACAGAAGUGCUUUGUGCUUCCCCUUGUUCACAUAGCAUAAAGUGGAUCAUGCAAAGAAAAUAGCUACAAAGUGUUCAU